AUGUCAUCAUCAUCUUCAUCAUCAACAACAACAUCAAUUUCUUCUGAGCAAGAAGAAAAGAUGAAUAUUGAAGUUGAUUUUUUGACAAGGGAAAAUACGGUGGUACUAAACGAUGGUGAAGCGAUCAUUGAAAAAGGUUUAGUUUUGCAUGGUUGUAAACCAUCUGUACGAGUAGGUGAUACUAUUAUUGCCGUUAACAAUACGCAAUUUGAUACAAAUGAAGAUUUGAUGCAGUUAUUAAUGCAAUCAGCGCAAGCAUCUAAGAAAUUUACAAUCACUAUUAACCGUCAAAAAGGUGAAAUCGAAACAGAAGAUAAAAUUGAUCGUUAUGUAAUUGAAUUGAAAAAAACCAUUAACAAUGAAUCAUUUGGAAUAAUUCCAACCGUUGAACAGGAUUGUAUAUUAGUGGAAAAAGUAGAUGGAUUAGCAGCUGAAGCUGGUAUUAAGGAAAAAGAUCACAUUAAACGUAUUAAUGAUGAACCGAUACAAUCAAUGAAAGAUUUUGAUAAUCUUAUUAAGGGAAAGCAAAAAAUUGUUCUCUAUAUUUCUCGUGGCCUAAAAAUUACGAAAACUAAAGUUGAAUUUGAAAAAAAGAUUGUCAGCAUACAUAUUCCAUAUGAAAGUGGCGAUAUAUUGGGUAUAACAGUAAAAGAUUUAACAGUAAUCGAUAUACAAAAUGGUUCAAUUGGUGAAACAAAAUUUGAGUUAGAAGAUAAAUUAAUUGAUAUAAAUGGUAUAAAGUUAAACGAAGAUGAAGAAUUAUAUGAAUUAUUACGACGAAUAAAUGAUGAUCUUGAAAUAAACGUUUUAAGAAAUGUUGUUAAAAAAGAUGAUGAUGAUAGUAAAGUAGGAGCUAUUGGUAUAUCACCUUCAAUUAAAACAACCAUUUAUCGAGUUCUUAUAUCACUUUCUAUGGCACCAUGUGAAGCAUUAGGUGUACGACCAGAUGAGAAUUUAUUAAUUUCACGUAUUAUGGAUAAGUCACAUGCACAAGGUAAAUUUGAACUUGGUGAUGUUAUUAAGAAAUUGAAUGGAAUUUCAAUCAAGGAUCGUAAUCAAUUUUUCAAAUUAUUUGAAGAUGCUACCACCGCUGGAGGACGAAACAUAGCGAUAAGACUUAUCAAAUACGGCAAACGUGAAUUGGAAUUGGAAAAACGACUUUUACCACCAAAUAUUGAAAAAAUAAUCAAAAGGCAUGCAGGAUAUGAUUAUAUUAUUGUGAAUGUUCGCUAUGAUUCUAGUGCAGGUCGUCCGUUUGGGUUAAAUAUAGCAAAUGUCACCGCACACAAAAUAAUUAUCUAUGAAGUAGCCGAAAACACCGUAGCGGGGGACUAUUUGAAAAUUUACGAUCAUAUUAUAGCCAUCAAUGGUAAUCCAGUAUCGGAUGCCACUGUGGCAAAGAAAAUGAUACGUGAAUGCGGAGCAAAUUUUCAGUUCAAACAACGUGGAAUCAAACAAGCCGCCAACCUCGUUUCGGUCCUUCGUAAACCAACUGGCCAACAACGUAAAAUUCAUUUCUCAGAACACCACAUUGAAACACAGAUCCAAAGUGAUACACCCGCAACGAAACGCUUACGCUCAUGUCGGUAA